CUCUGUCCUUGAGCAGUGUGUGCAGACAUAGGAAUAAGUCCUCCUGGUAUUGAGCUGUUGCUGCCUCUUCCUCCGGUAGGGGGUAGCCUAUUGAACAAACAGGACCCGUCUUCGAGUCUGGCCCGUUUGGGACUCAGAGCAGCAAAGACCCAUCCCCCGAUGCUACUGCCGCACCUGCCGCCAACGUUAUCAAUUGCGUAUCAUGGAAAUACAGCAAGGACGCACUUUUUCCUAGACGGAACAUCAGAGUCUAGACGGGGGCCAAAAUGAGCAACGACUACGAGGCAUCAGUCACCCCCAGCUGGCUGACCUCUGACCCCACUGUCUGGUCCAGCAGCGGAGACGGAUUCACAGACAACGCCACUUACCCAUCUAUGGACUCCUUCCCCCCGCUGCCCCCUCUCCUGUUCAAUCCCUGGGACAUCUUGCUGUGCUCCUCAGGGACCCUCAUCGCCUGUGAAAACGCCCUGGUGGUACUGGUGAUCUGGCAGAACCCGUCUCUCCGAGCCCCCAUGUUCCUGCUGAUCGGCAGCCUGGCCCUGGCUGAUCUCCUGGCUGGUCUGGGCCUGGUGCUCCACUUUACCUUGGCCUACCUGCUGAGGUCUGACUUGGCCCAGCUGCUGACUGUGGGUCUGGUGGUGGCCUCCUUCUCAGCCUCCGUCUUCAGCCUGCUGGCCAUCACCAUAGACCGUUACCUGUCUCUCUACUACGCCCUGACCUACAACUCAGAGCGCACCGCUGCCUUCACCUACACCAUGCUGGUCCUCCUCUGGGGCCUGUCUCUCUGUCUGGGCCUACUUCCCGUCACGGGGGUGAACUGCCUGGCAGAGGAGUCGACGUGCAGCGUGGUGCGCCCCCUGACUAAGAACAACGUGGCAGUGCUGUCCGUAUCCUUCCUCCUGCUGUUUGGCCUCAUGCUGCAGCUGUAUGUGCAGAUCUGUAAGAUCGUCAUGCACCACGCCCACCAGAUUGCCUUGCAGCAUCACUUCCUGUCCGCCUCGCCCCACUACGUCACAACCGGGAAUGGCGUGUCCACGCUGGCCAUCAUCCUGGGGACGUUUGCCGCCUGCUGGAUGCCCUUCACCGUCUACUCCCUGGUCGCCGACUACACGUACCCGCCUCUCUACACCUACGCCACCCUGGUGCCCGCCACCUACAACUCAGUCAUCAACCCAGUGAUCUACGCCUUCAGGAACCAGGAUAUCCAGAAGGCUCUGUGGCUGGUGUGUUGUGGCUGUAUACCGGCCAGGGUGGCCCACAGGGCCCGGACCCCCAGCCACGUCUGACCCAGACACGGGCCCCGGGAGGGAAGGAGAGAGGUGCCCUGGGCAGAGGGAGGAAGGCAGACAGGCAGCCUGAGCUCAGGCAGAUGGCUGGAAAGGACGGUCUGCGUGCAUAGUAAUUUUAGCCGCUUUUACUGAUGUGGGCUUUUUUCCUCAAAAGGAUUGAGAGAUUAUUAUUAGAUUAUUAAAGAUUGUGCCACUUUACGCACAUCAGAUAAAGGGCUUGUGUGUGUGUGUAUACAAAAAGAUAGGAUGUCGCACGGACAGAGAAGGAGGAAGAGAGGAGGAGAAGUGGAGUGAGUGAUGACAGAGGGGGGGGUGAUUAUCAAGAUGCAUACAAGAUGAAGUCGGGCUGAGCGCUUAAGCAUCUUGUCUCGCUGCUGCACUCUGAACGUGCCUUGAAAGCUAAAUAACCACGGGAGGCUAAAAAUAGCCCGGGUGCGCUGUGAUCCGCGCGCCGUGCGUUCGACACAGACUCCAUGCAAAGAAACAAAGCCACGGAGGUGGAGAGCGGGCGCCUAUCUUCCCCUUCCUCCCUCCUUCCAUCCACUUUUCUUUCUCUCUCUUCAUCUCUCCCUAUUUGGCUUUAAAGCCCCCACCCUUGAGCGUGUGAGAAUGUAGGCUAUUAUGAUGUUCUGCUUGCUUUACAUUCUGAGAGGUGACAACAGCCUCGGAAGAUAAGUCCCCUGAUACCUGUAGCACGCACCAUUAACCCUCCAAAUGCCUUUAUUUUAUGGUAAGGUCUGGCUUUGAUAGUUUUGAUAUCUCUGUUUUGUCCCUCCACUUCUUCAUACAUAAACAGGUCUACUAAUCAUACCUAAUUCAUUGGGCACUGCAGGCACAUUGGGUAGGCAGGCUGACUGUUCUAGAAUGUAGAGUGUGAAAUGUUCCCUCUGUGAAUCCAGUUGGUUGUCCCAGCGACUCAGUUUGCAGUUAGGCCAGCAGGGUGUUGUUGAAACUGAAUGUAUUUUUAGAUUCAUUUGAUCUCUUAGCCUGUCCAUAAGGUUAUGAAAACGCCUGAUCCUCACCCCAACCUUCAACCUACAUGUUGCAUAGGGCUUUAAUGUAAACCGUUUCCCCUAAUAGCCAGGCCUAGGCACGUUGGCUAAACCAUCACGAUCACUCAGCGCUUUCCCUCUCCCCACUUCCCCUCUCCCCACCUGUUAUAAUCAAACCAGUCAGUCACACUCAGGCCUAAUACUUUGGCAUUAUCCUAAUAUAUGGUUUGUGAAUUUAAAAAGCACUCUAAAAUAUAAAGUAGCAAUCAUAUUUGUUUUCCUUUUUCAUGAAAAUGGCAUCAUCAGCAGUCCACAUUCAAGUCUUCUAACUGAUACUCUGAACCUCAUCCUGUUGCAAAACAGAAAACCUGAAUGGAAUAAUCUAUGAAUGCUGAGCCAAUCAGAAAAAUGUAUGAUCAUGGAAAUUCAUAAUGUACAUAUAGAAUAUAGAACCCUAAACCCACCCCUCUCUUUCCCUAUACCACAUCUAUGACUGGCCAUAUCCAGAUGACCGGCCAUAUCCAGAUUACCAAUUUCCUAAGUGACAGACCCUGGCACAAUGUCUGGUUCAGAUCUUUGGAUAGCAAGAAAGGAGAGAGCAGUGUUGUUGUUCCAGCUUUGGAUGUCUCCUGCCCCCUGGAACCACUUCCUUACCCUGGCUGACAAAUGCCCACCACCCCCUGACCCUAGCCAGUGUUAAGGACGUCACGCUGCUUGCCAAUUCCUCCUGAUUCGCUCACACCGAGGCACGAUCGAACCCAGGAUUUACACUUUGCUAGCACACGCGAUCGCCCUCCUUGACAACGUACCAACCGUUUGAGCUAUCGAAAAGGAUGAAAGGCAGUAGCUCCAUCGGUGAUAUUUCAAGCUAGCUGUGGAGUGAGUUUACGGUACACGUUCUUAAGCGCUUCCAGAUCCUCAUUCUGCCCCGUCAUAUCAGCACGUCAUAUCAGCGCGCAGCAGUAACUAAGUGUUAGUUACUUCAUGGACAGAUAGCAAUAACAGCCUUUCUCUCCCCAGUAACAUGACCAAGUCCAGCAUGACUUGUAUACAACGAGAACAACCAACAGCCCUUCUACGAUGCCUAGCAGAGUCCUUAUACACCAGGCCCAAACAAGGACUCAACUUCCCAAGACUUGUGCUGUAUGUGAUUUCUCCAAAUGGGGAAAUCAGAUCUUGAUUUACGUGUUUUGUUUUUGAAAAUGUGAAUGUGACAGGAUACUGACUGCCACCGCCUAGUAUUCUGUCAUUAGUCAUUACAAUGUCACUGCCUUUUUUUAUUCUGAAUCUACUGCUCUAUUCUCUGGCUAUGGUCUUAUUCAAUAUCUGACAAUGAAUGAAAUUGGACUCCGUAAGAAAAUAUCUUACAAGUUUUCAGUUGCAUCUGCCUAUGAAGUGUUUUAGAGUGUUGUAAACCUAAGCGUCUGUGAAUAAGGAAAAUGUUCAUUAUACUUCUAUGGCUUGUAUGGUGGUUUGUGAUCAGCAGCACAGACCUCCUGUAUAUCUGUCUCCAUGGGGACAGUGGCUCUGAGGACUUACUUCCAGUGUGACCCUUUGACCUCAGAGGAAAUUGUCUGCUUGUCUUCCUAUCAUUCUGAGAGAAGUGACCUUCUGAGUUAAGUGACAAAUUCCACCACAGGAAUGAAAUAGAGAAGGAUGUGUUGAAAUUAAUAGCAGAAGCAAAGAUAGUACUGUAUGGUGUACGUGUGCUGCGGCUGACAGCCGUAGUGAGGGGUUAAGGCAAUGACGUCACGUGACUGAUGGAAAAAUAACCUAUAUCGUUAUCACAGGUUCUGGUGGCUCUUCACAGACAAACAAUAAUACCAAGAAAACACUCUCCUUUACCUUUGAAGAAUAAUCUAUUUUGUUAUAUUUAUUGAAAGUCUCUAUAUUUUUUCUCCUCAGCGUUGUCUCACCUGAAUUAUGAUGUAUCUAAAGUGUCUUGUAUUUUAAUGCGCUGUAGAGCCUCUUCUGAAUGUAUUGGUAAAGAAAUUAUUGUUUAUUUUAUAUGGCAUCCUGUUGACCAAUUCGAUUCUGUAAAUAGAGCAUGCAUAUCAUUAUAGGGGUGUUCUGACAUCAUGUAUGGUGCUACCUACUGCAGGAUCCAAGGGGGACUCAGGUGCACCGUAUUCGAAUGAUAUCAAAUUUGACCCCCUUUUAUUGUAAUUUUACAGUCUGUUUACCUUUCCAUCCCUAGCCCCUUCCCCCCCAAUCCCACCCCCUUCUUUAGGCAGAUCUGCAAAGUCUGGAUAGGUGAAAGCAGUAUGGCAUACACUUUACUUAGCAGCUUAGCCUGUUGGAGGGUUAGAUGGUGCUGUCACAGUACUGCUUACACCUAUCCCAAACCUUGAGGAUCUUCCAGACCAAUGAGCUAAGGGUUAGGGACUGAAAUGGAACCGGGCCUACCUUGUUUGAUGAAUGUUCUCUCAUGUACAGUAAUGUCAAUCUUUCAUGGUUCACGAUGAGCUUUCAUAGGUGAAAACAAGGGCUUCACAUUAUUGAGUAGACAAAGGAACCACUCGUGUGUGGGUAUGGUACAGUACUUCUCUGUUAGGAUAACAUAUUUAUCUAAUGUUAAAUUAUUGUUGUGCAGUGUAAUUGCACCGUAAAGUGUCAUAUUGAACUGAGAUGUGGUUGGAGGGGUUUCUACUGUGGCCAGUGGUUGGGGUUUCAAGCGUUGUGGGUGAAUCAUGUGGUUUGGGGGGUGUGGUACCCCGAUCCAGAGCUAAAUACAAGUCUUUUAACACCUCUAUGGGUUUCAGAAUGUGUGGGGCAGGGGACCCUACAGCCAGCAUCUUGUGUAGACGUAUGCUCUGUGUUAAAUGUGAAAUGCACUUUAUUUUUUGAAAGAAAAACAACUUAAGUAUCUGCAAAAUGAAAACGCUUAAUGAUAAUCAACAUGCACUAACUCAGGGGUUCUCAAGCUUUUGGGGGCCGGGGACCCCGUUUGUGAUAGCAAAUUCAUCAGGGACCGUCUCAUAAUCAGAACACAACUUGAGCGAGAUACAAAUUGCAUAAGGAUGAACCAAGUCUCGGACCCUGGGAAGGAACAUUUUAAAGGCCCAUCUCUUGGCAUCGGAGUGAAAAUGUUGCAGUUUAGCAACUUCCCUGCAAUUCUAGUUCUACACAUUUUGUAAUGGUGCUGAGAGAUUUUUGGUUGUUGCAGCUUUAAAGCUAACACCCUGCAAUUCUAAACAUUUUACCAUGAGGCAGAGAGAAAACGUUGCUGUUUUAUAUCUUAAAUUACGGUGCAUUUAUAUAGAAGAAAAUUGGGCAGUGGUGUGUAUUAAUGGAUGCCAAGGAAAGCCAGGCUUCCUGAAUUAUUUUUCUUUUUCCUCAUAAUUUUCCUUCAAUUCGCAAGAGGCUGAAUGUAUCUCACCAGAGAAAGCUGUCUGGUUACAAAGAUUGUUGCCGUCCGUAGCAUUGAAUGCAAGGUAAUCCAGUGAGUAUUUGACCUCCCUUGAUAAAAAAAAUGUAAAAUAAUAGCCAAUCAGCGUUGAGCUAAACUGAGUGAGCUCAACCUUGAGUGGUCCUGGCGCACAAAAAAAAACUGUAAAUGGAAGCCAGUUUGGGUUUGGCUUCACACCAAUCACAUCAAAAGCAAAACGUAAUUGACAGAAAAAACUUGAAUUGUUGCAUCUUGUGUUGUUGUCCUCCAGUGGCUAGCUAGCUUUUGUCCCUUUCCUAAAUUAGAGAUGGAUGGAGAUAGGGAUUUGGACUUCUGGUUUUAAUUAAUUCUCCAUACUGCCAAUGAUUAUAAUGACGAUUCUGAUCCAACCAUAAAUGUAUACAUUGUUCCUCUGGCCUGAGAGGAUGGAAGUUCAAUAUGUAGCUAGAUGUAGAAGGCUAAUGUUAACUAGCUGGUUCAUCGUUGCCCAUGAACGGAAGCUAGGCUAGCGAGCAAGCAUUUUAGUCAGGUAGCCUAGGACAACAAAAACUAAAAGCAUGUACUGUAUGACAGAGUCAUAGACCGUUUCUCAACAUGAAAGAGAGGAUGGCAAUGGCGUUUCUCUACAAGUAAGGUGAGUCAACAUGUUUUUCUACUUGCAUGAAUGCAUACACACAUAUACACACACAGAAAUCAGAACCAUGGACAGCCACAUAUUUAGCUUACGUUGAUUGGACUAAAUUGUUUUUGGUAUCCUUUAGUUGCCACUGAAUUAGACUAAGCAUUGAUGCUGUUGAAAUGUUGAAGUAGAAAUGGUGUUGGAAAAGUGGAGGCAGCUCCUGUUUUCUUUGCGACUUGCGGUAACUCUGGUGUUUUAAAUCAAUAGUUGUUCAGUAGUCAUAAAAUGUCAGAAACAUUAAC